AUGGGCCUAGGAACACUCGAAGGGAACCGGCUCGUUGCCGCCGUGACCUUUGCCACGGGCAGCGGCUUCCUUCUCUUUGGCUACGAUCAGGGAGUCUUUGGGGGGUUGAUCGAGAACCGGAGUUUCAGAGAGACCUUUAGCAAUCCAAGCUCUGUUAUGAUCGGGCAGAUUACAGCCACCUACGAUCUGGGGUGCUUCUUCGGCGCCAUAGCCUGCACGACCCUGGGUGACCACUUUGGUCGGCGUGUGUCUAUCGCCCUGGGAUGUAUCAUCCUGACAGUGGGCGCCGUGCUUCAAACAGCCUCGUACCACUCCGCUCAGAUGAUUAUCGGGCGCUUCAUUGCCGGGUUGGGAAAUGGCAUCAACACCACCGCCAUCCCCGUCUGGCAAUCCGAGAUGUCCAAACCCAGCCACCGCGGCCGCCUGAUCGUCCUCCAACUGGCCCUCAACCAAGUGGGCAAUGUCACCGCACAAUGGCUGAACUUUGGCCUGGGCUUCAUAGACCACCACAGCGUCUCAUGGCGCUUCCCGCUCGCCUUUCAGAUUUUCUAUGCUGUCCUGGCAGCCUCCGCCCUCCCCUGGCUCCCCGACUCCCCCCGCUGGCUCAUCCAACGCAACCGCGACGCCGAAGCCCGAAUCGUGCUCGCUCGCCUGCACAACAAGGGUAGUACUCCGGACGACCCCGAAAUCACCGCUCUCCACCACGCAACAGUCCAAGCCGUCCACCACGAACUCGAGCUCUCCACAACCCUAACCUGGCGCGCCCUCCUGACAAAGGACCGCCUACACACAAGCCGCCGCGUCUUCCUCGGCGCAGGCACACAGUUCAUGCAACAGUGGGGCGGCAUCAACGCGAUCGUCUACUACCUCCCCGUCACCUUCGCCUCACUACACGUCUCCCGCACAAUGUCCCUCAUCCUCUCCUGCUGCAACGCCAUGAACCUCCUCUUCUCAACCUGCGCCGGCGCAGCCGUCAUUGACUCGCUCGGCCGCAAGAAACUCAUGCUGCUUGGCGCACUGGGACAGGGCAUCUGCUUCGCGCUCGUCGCGGGCGGACUCGGGGCUGGGACAGAAACCUCGUCAAAAGUAGCCAUCGCGUUCGUCUUUGCGUUCUUUACCAUCUUCGGUCUCAGCUGGAUCGCUAUCCCGUGGAUGUAUCCGGCGGAAGUCAACACGCAGCAGUGGAGGAAUCGCGGCGCCGGGAUUGCGACGGCGACGAAUUGGAUCUGUAACUAUGCGGUUGUGCUCGCGACGCCUGUGGCUAUUGAGCAAAUUGCGUGGCGGUAUUAUCUUGUCUAUGCGGCGCUGAACCUUGUGUUUGUGGGUGUUGUUUGGGUGUUUUAUGUUGAGACGGCGGGGUUGUCGUUGGAGGGGGUUGAUGAGUUGUUUGAGAAGAUGGGUGGCUCUAACCUGGGUAUUGGACAGGUGGAGCUGGAGGAUCUCGGUGAGCAGCCUCAUAAGCAGGAAAAGGAGGGGAGCUCGAGUGAGUGGGUGGAGGGUGGGAAGGUGUGA